AUGGAGCCCUCCCUUCACCCCAAACUCCUCCAUUUCUUGGCAUCUCAACACCCAAAUCGUGACCCCUUUAUGGAUUCCUAGGUCCCCCCCCAACCUCUCUUGGAACUCCAGUCCCCCAACUGCAAUCCCAGUAAGACCAAACUAGUUUUGCUUUCUGGAUUUUGAUUAGCAAUGGCCUCAGGGCCUCUGCACUCGCUCUUUCCUCAGCUUGGACCAUUCUUCUAAGAACUCCUGUGCAUGCACCACAAUUCACCCCAUGUGUUCCCUCUGUGAAGCCCUCCCAACACGGCCACCAUCACUCCCUUCACUCCCUCGUGCCUAGGGCCUGGCAUCAAGAACAUUCCCGUCCCUGGAACGAAGACCGCACGGGUGGAUAAUGGCCACAUUGCAGGAGACCAGGAGGCUUUGACCUCUGAGGUCAACCAGACUCAAGGAGUGGUGGGGGAUCCCAUCAACGUGCACCAAGUGGGUUUUCAGCCUCAUGACAGUCAACAGGUGUUUUUCCUUCCCAGGGUGUAUGUGGAGAAUUGGCUGCCCUUUUCCUAUGUCCCCUAUUACCUCCCCUGCCCAGAGAUCUUAAACCUCAGCUCUGCUCUUUGGGCCUUUCCACCGGGGUCAAGCCCACCCAGGCCCUGCAGGAUCCUCUCUACCCAAGGCCGGCUGGUGUAGAUGGUAAUCACGCCCACCAAAUACUGUCGAAGCAGCGCCUUGAUUGGUGUCUGUGUAACUGGGUCCUGCAAGUGAUCAUCCCAUGGGCUCCGUUGACUCAGCCCAGGUCCCCAGGCAAGAAAGGGGCAGAAACUCAGAUCACCGGCUCUUUGCAGCUUCUCAGAACCUCUACCCACUGCCAGGCCCCUACAGAGGGAUAUGUUUGAAAGAGCCUCAGCUUUGCAGACAGAGGACACAGGCAACAUGCAACUGCAGUAUAAGGGGGAGAAGCCGUUCCAGCCCGUGACCUGGUCACUGUACCCUCAGCCCAAGUUGCUGGAGCAGAGGCCUUCGGAGCUGCUGACGCUUACGCCCUGGUUGGCACCCAUCGUGUCCGAGGGAACCUUCAACCCCGAGCUGCUGCGCCACAUCUACCAGCCUCUGAACCUGACCAUCGGGGUCACGGUGUUUGCCGUAGGGAAGUACACGGGCUUCGUGCAGCACUUCCUGGAGUCCGCCGAGCGCUUCUUCAUGCAGGGUUAUCGGGUGCGGUACUACCUCUUCACCGACGACUCCGCAGCCAUCCCUCGGGUCCCGCUGGGCCCCGGCCGCCUCCUCAGCACCAUCCCCAUCCAGAGGCACGCCCACUGGGAGGAGAUCUCCACGCGCCGGAUGGAGCAAAUCAGCCGGCACAUCGCCAAGAGGGCACACCGGGAGGUGGAGUACAUCUUCUGCCUCAAUGUGGACAUGGUGUUCCGGAACCCAUGGGGCCCCGAGACCCUGGGGGACCUGGUGGCCGCCAUUCACCCCGGCUACUAUGCUGUGCCCCGCCAGCAGUUCCCCUACGAGCGCAGGCAUAUUUCCACCGCCUUCGUGGCAGACGGCGAAGGGGACUUCUAUUAUGGUGGGGCGGUCUUCGGGGGGCGGGUGGCCAGUGUGUACGAGUUUACCAGGGGCUGCCACAUGGCCAUCCUGGCGGACAAGGCCAAUGGCAUCAUGGCCGCCUGGCAGGAGGAGAGCCACCUGAACCGCCGCUUCCUGUCGCACAAGCCCUCCAAAGUGCUGUCACCUGAGUACCUCUGGGACGGCAGGAAGCCCCAGCCGCCCAGCCUGAAGCUGAUCCGCUUUUCCACACCGGACAAGGCCACCAGCCGGCUAAGGAGCUGAUGGCAGAGCCAGGGCUGCCGUGGAGGGGUCCCCAUGCCCCACAGCCGGUGCGCCCCAAUGCCUCCCUUCUCGGGCUCCAGGUGAGACCAGUCCAGCCCUGCCUACCUCUGUCUCAGCAGAAAAUGGAGGCAGAAAGGCCUUUGUAAACUGUAAAGGGCUGCACCCACAUGAGAACACAAAGCUCACACGGCCAGGAAGAAGGGAGGAAGAGGUGAAGCGGACAGGGCCUGGUGGGCCCUACCCAGCGGACGUGCCUUUUGGGGCAGGCUCUGGAGUCAGCCCUCCUCCGUGCCUGAGAGUAAAAACUCCGUGCCCACCUCUGCCCCCGCCCGUUCCGCUGCCUAUUGCCCUUAAAGUUGCACUUCUAGGCGUGCCUGGGGGGCUUAGUCAGUUAAAUGGCUGCCUUC